CAGGUGUUCCAAUCCCCUCCCAAUCAUGUGAUUCAGGAGUUCCAAUCCCCUCCAUAUCAUGUGAUUCAGGAGUUCCAAUCCCCUCCAAAUCAUGAUUCAGGUGUUCCAAUCCCCUCCCAAUCAUGUGAUUCAGGUGUUCCAAUCGCCUCCAUAUCAUGUGAUUCAGGAGUUCCAAUCCCCUUCCAAUCAUGUGAUUCAGGUGUUCCAAUCCCCUCCCAAUCAUGUGAUUCAGGUGUUCCAAUCCCCUCCCAAUCAUAGUCAAUAGCUAAAGACCUCCAAACUUGGUGUGGCCUUCAGAUGAGCCCAACAACAGUGCGUAGAGAGCUUCAUGGAAUGGGUUUCCAUGGC